AUGGGCGCCUAUGAUACCACUGUUGGUGUACUCCUCCUUGGCUUGUUUUUCAACACAUUUCUAUACGGCCUUGUGGUGUAUCAAUUUAUCGUCUAUCGCAACACGAAGUUCAACGACCCAUUGUGGAUAAAGACACUCGUGGGGGCCCUAUUCGUGGUUGACACGAUCCACAGCGCUGUGGCUAUUUAUGCUGGUUGGGAGAUGUGUGUCACGAACUACGCCAACCCCGAGAGCCUGUUCGUCAUUAGCUGGACUAUUCCUUUCACGGCCGUCGCAACUGCUGUGGCUGCUGUCCUUACCCAAGGCUUCCUCAGUCAUCGGGUGUUCAAACUCACGUCGAACAAGCCAAUCGUUGCCGUCAUCGCUCUGCUGAGCGUUCUCGGCUUUAUCUUCGGUGUUUACUCUGGGAUUCGAUCAGGUAUCAUCAAAGAGGUGAAAAGCUUCUCGCCUCUGGUGCCUUUCGUCACUUGCUGGCUUGGGUUCCAGACGGCCGCCGACCUUGUAAUCACUGCCGUUUUGGCUGCCGUACUCUUCCGUGCCAAAACAGGCUACCGCAAGACGGAUACCGUGAUCAAUCGCAUGAUCCAAGGAGCCGUCCAGACUGGUCUCUUCGCUUCUCUCUUCGCGUUGGCCGAUUUGUUCAGCUUUGUCCUUCAUCGUGAUACCAACCUCUACGCCAUGUUUGCCUACCCCAUCGGCAGAAUUUACACGAACACCUUGCUGUACACCCUAAACGCUCGAAUUGAGCUCAAGCUCAUGGCUGAGGACACUGAUACGGACGCAGAGAAGGCAACCGACGCCUAUAGAAUGCGUAAUGCAUCCCAAACAUUCGCAAGCGAUCAACGAUCUGACAUCAAGGUCGCUCCGGAAGAGAGUGCAUAA